AUUACUUUUAACGAAAAUUUAAAUUUAAAAUUAAUGUUUUUAAUAAUAAAUACGUUAUUAGCGUCUUUAACGUUUAAAAUAUAAUUGUUCAAAAAUUCUAAAUUAGUUGUAAAAAUAUUUUUGUCAUUUAAAAGUUACUAAAAUACAUUUUUAUAAGCUUUGAGGAUGCCUUCGAUAUUCUACAUCAUAUUUAGUAUUGUCUUUAUUUUUAUUAAUAGUGGUAUAAGUGUAAGAGUUUGUCCAACAUUUUCGGAUUAUUAUAAAUGGUCUAGCUCCUGUUACAAUAAUGAUAUUGAAAAUCUUAAUAUGACCGAAGUACUCCGACGUUGGGGUUGUAUAGCAGAGGAGUAUUAUAUAUUUACCGAUGAUGACUAUGAGCUACUAAUAGUCCGAGCUUAUAAAAAAAUUACUCAUCCAACUCCAAUAAUUUUAGCGCAUGGGAUACUUAUGAGCGGAUUAUCGUUUUUGUCACUAGGCAAUCAAUCGUUGGCUUAUAAUAUUAUCGAAUCAGGAAGACAGUUGUUUUUCCUUAACUUCAGAGGUAACCGCUAUAGCAAGAGGCAUGCGAAAGGACUUACGCAAGAUGAUUAUGCUUACUGGAAUUUUAGCCUUGACGAGAAAAUUAUGUUUGAUGUUCCAAAAACGAUUGACCUUGUAUACAAUAUGACCGGCCAGAAGGCCAUUUUUAUAGGUUUCUCCAUGGGAAACACAGUAUCCCUAGCGUAUGCUACCUUGUAUCCAGAGCAAGCAUCUAAGAAACUAGUUGGUAUAAUAAGUUUAGGAACAGCUUGUUACUUUAGGAACAUUCGUUCCGUUAUAAGAUGGAUUUCACCCUUUUUUUCAAUAGCGCAGCCUUUCCUUAGAUUACUGUGGAACGGAAAAAUGUUCCCCCGUGAACAAGAGCCACUGGGGCUUUGUGCAAGUGGACCAAUACAGUUCUUUAUAUGUUAUAAUCUGGCAGCCCCAUUCUUAGGAUACGAUUUUAAAGGUGUAUCUCCAGAACAUUUUCCAAUAGUCACUUACUUCUUUCCCGAUACAAUGGGCGAAACUCUUUUAAAACAUUACACACAGAUAUGGGGUUCUGGAGAAUAUCGUAGAUUUGAUCACGGCAGAGAAGGAAAUUUAAAAAAGUACGGAACUCCCAAACCCCCUUACUAUGAUUUAUCUAAAAUAAAUAUACCAGUUGCGCAGUUUUUAGGAGAAGGGGAUUUUAUAACAACAGUAGAAAAUGGCAAGCUGGUAGAUAGUCUUUUAAAUCCAAAUGUCAGGUGUGGAGUAAAAAUAUUGAAAUACAAGAAGUGGACUCACGAUGAUUUUAUUAAUCACCGAGACCAAAUGACGUAUCUAGUCCCGCCAGUUCUUCAGAAACUUGAUAAUAUGGAAAAUUCAAGAUGUUAAAAUAAUUAUUUCUUAAAAUGUUUAUGUAAAUAGAUAUUAUUAAAAACG